AUGACCAAUGAUGAACAAAUACUAGACUCAACCACCAAUCACAUAGAAGACGAUUCAAUCAUAUCUAACAAAUUAGAUAAAGAAAUUAUUAAAUUUCCAAUAUAUCGACAUUUUAUAGAUCAAUAUUCAAAUUUUACACUAGAUAAUCAUGAAACCUUGAAUAUAGAGGAGCGUAUAUAUCCAAAUCUAACAGGUUAUACAUUAUCUGGACCUAAAAAAAUAGAAUAUAGAUCAAAUUCAUUAUAUUUUAUUGAUGAUUAUCAUUUUAAAUAUAAUAAUAUAAAUGAAUCUUCAAAUAAAAAAAAUUAUUCAAUAACAUUUUUAUAUCUUGGUGAUCAAUUGAGUGGUCAUAAUGGAAUAGUACAUGGAGGUUUAUUAGCUACAUUAUUAGAUGAAUUAACUUGUAGAGUAGGAUUUUUAAAUUUUAAAUCUAAAAGAGGUGUGACUGCAAAUUUAAAUAUAAAUUAUAAGAAGCCAACAAAGAGUAAUUCUUGGAUCUUGAUAAAAUGUACUGUGUUAAAGAAGAUAGAUAGAAAAUGUUGGGUUAAAGGUGAAGUAUACCUAAUCGAUGAAAAUAAACAAACUUUAGAGGAUUGUGAUUUAUUAUGUGAUUGUGAAGUAUUAAUUAUAGAACCUAAAUGGGUAAACGAAUUGAAAUAA